CUGAGCAACCACACUGGCGGGCCAUUUUGCUCACAGCCCCACCGCGCAGGACAGCGUCUGCAGCUGCUGCGUGCGAGACCCAGAGGCUCCGGUCAGCGCGCCGGCCGCAGGGAGUGCGAGCACUUGUGAGCCCCGCGCCAGGCCGGUGAGGUCUGAAGCUACAGAGCCCGCUUAGAAAGCACUGCCGCGCGCUGCCGGACGCAGGCCCACAGGCCCAGCCGACCGAGGCCGCAGUUUUCCCAGCCCCGCCGCCGUUGCCAAGGCGACCGCCGCCGAACGUUCCCGCGGCGGGCUCCGCCCCCCGGCCAAUCGGACCGGCGCUCGGUGGAGCCCAGAUUCUCUUUGUUCCGCAGCCAUUUCAGGCCCCGGACAGGAGGCAGUGCCGCUUCGGCCGAAGGCCUGAGCGCCCGAGGCCUCUGGGAUGGUGUGGGACCGGCAAACCAAGAUGGAGUAUGAGUGGAAACCUGACGAGCAAGGGCUUCAGCAAAUCUUGCAGCUGUUGAAGGAGUCCCAGUCCCCAGACACCACCAUCCAGAGAACCGUGCAACAAAAACUGGAACAACUUAAUCAAUAUCCAGACUUUAACAACUACUUGAUUUUUGUUCUUACAAAAUUAAAAUCUGAAGAUGAACCCACAAGAUCAUUGAGUGGUCUCAUCUUGAAGAAUAAUGUGAAAGCACACUUUCAGAACUUCCCAAAUGGUGUAACAGACUUUAUUAAAAGUGAAUGUUUAAAUAAUAUUGGUGACUCCUCUCCUCUGAUUAGAGCCACUGUUGGUAUUUUGAUCACAACUAUAGCCUCCAAGGGAGAAUUGCAGAAUUGGCCUGACCUCUUACCAAAACUCUGUAGCCUGUUGGAUUCUGAAGAUUACAAUACUUGUGAGGGAGCAUUUGGUGCCCUUCAGAAGAUUUGUGAAGAUUCUGCUGAGAUUUUAGAUAGUGAUGUUUUAGAUCGUCCUCUCAACAUCAUGAUUCCCAAAUUUUUACAGUUCUUCAAGCAUAGUAGUCCAAAAAUAAGGUCUCACGCUGUUGCAUGUGUCAAUCAGUUUAUCAUCAGUAGGACUCAAGCUCUAAUGUUGCACAUUGAUUCUUUUAUUGAGAAUCUCUUUGCAUUAGCUGGUGAUGAAGAACCAGAGGUACGGAAAAAUGUGUGCCGAGCGCUUGUGAUGUUGCUCGAAGUUCGAAUGGAUCGCCUGCUUCCUCACAUGCAUAACAUAGUUGAGUACAUGCUACAGAGGACUCAAGAUCAAGACGAAAAUGUGGCUUUAGAAGCCUGUGAAUUUUGGCUAACUUUAGCUGAACAGCCAAUAUGCAAAGAUGUACUCGUAAGGCAUCUUCCUAAGUUGAUUCCUGUGUUAGUGAAUGGCAUGAAGUACUCAGAUAUAGAUAUUAUCCUACUUAAGGGUGAUGUUGAAGAAGAUGAAACGAUUCCUGAUAGUGAACAGGAUAUACGGCCACGUUUUCACCGAUCAAGGACAGUGGCCCAGCAGCAUGAUGAAGAUGGAAUUGAAGAGGAAGAUGAUGAUGAUGAUGAAAUUGAUGAUGAUGAUACAAUUUCUGACUGGAAUCUAAGAAAAUGUUCUGCUGCUGCCCUAGAUGUUCUGGCAAAUGUGUAUCGUGAUGAGCUGCUGCCACAUAUUUUGCCCCUUUUGAAAGAAUUACUUUUUCAUCAUGAAUGGGUUGUUAAAGAAUCAGGCAUCUUGGUUUUAGGAGCAAUUGCUGAAGGUUGCAUGCAGGGCAUGAUUCCAUACUUGCCUGAGCUUAUUCCUCACCUUAUUCAGUGCCUCUCUGAUAAAAAGGCUCUUGUGCGUUCCAUAACAUGCUGGACUCUUAGCCGCUAUGCACACUGGGUAGUCAGCCAGCCACCAGACACGUACCUGAAGCCAUUAAUGACAGAAUUGCUAAAGCGCAUCCUGGAUAGCAACAAGAGAGUACAAGAAGCUGCCUGCAGUGCCUUUGCUACCCUAGAAGAGGAGGCUUGUACAGAACUUGUUCCUUACCUUGCUUAUAUACUUGAUACUCUGGUUUUUGCAUUUAGUAAAUACCAGCAUAAGAACCUGCUCAUUCUUUAUGAUGCCAUAGGAACAUUAGCAGAUUCAGUAGGACAUCAUUUAAACAAACCAGAAUAUAUUCAGAUGCUAAUGCCUCCACUGAUCCAGAAAUGGAACAUGUUAAAGGAUGAAGAUAAAGAUCUCUUCCCUUUACUUGAGUGCCUAUCUUCAGUUGCCACAGCACUGCAGUCUGGCUUCCUUCCGUACUGUGAACCUGUGUAUCAGCGUUGUGUAAACCUAGUACAGAAGACUCUUGCACAAGCCAUGCUAAACAAUGCUCAACCAGAUCAAUAUGAAGCUCCAGAUAAAGAUUUUAUGAUAGUGGCUCUUGAUUUACUGAGUGGCCUGGCUGAAGGACUUGGAGGCAACAUUGAACAGCUGGUAGCCCGAAGUAACAUCCUAACACUAAUGUAUCAGUGUAUGCAGGAUAAAAUGCCAGAAGUUCGACAGAGUUCUUUUGCCCUGUUAGGUGACCUCACAAAAGCUUGCUUUCAGCAUGUUAAGCCUUGUAUAGCUGAUUUCAUGCCAAUAUUGGGAACCAACCUAAAUCCAGAAUUCAUUUCAGUCUGCAACAAUGCCACAUGGGCAAUUGGAGAAAUCUCCAUUCAAAUGGGUAUAGAGAUGCAGCCUUAUAUUCCUAUGGUGUUGCACCAGCUUGUAGAAAUCAUUAACAGACCCAACACACCAAAGACGUUGUUAGAGAAUACAGCAAUAACAAUUGGUCGUCUUGGUUACGUUUGUCCUCAAGAGGUGGCCCCCAUGCUACAGCAGUUUAUAAGACCCUGGUGCACCUCUCUGAGAAACAUAAGAGACAAUGAGGAAAAGGAUUCAGCAUUCCGUGGAAUUUGUACCAUGAUCAGUGUGAAUCCCAGUGGCGUAAUCCAAGAUUUUAUAUUUUUUUGUGAUGCCGUUGCAUCAUGGAUUAACCCAAAAGAUGAUCUCAGAGACAUGUUCUGUAAGAUCCUUCAUGGAUUUAAAAAUCAAGUUGGCGAUGAAAAUUGGAGGCGUUUCUCUGACCAGUUUCCUCUUCCCUUAAAAGAGCGUCUUGCAGCUUUUUAUGGUGUUUAAUCUAAUACACUUAAGCUGCAGUCCCAAAAUUAGGGGUCCUUCAGUCUUGGAGACUAUGAGGGAGCCUCUGCACCCAGGGAAAAUGUUACCCUUUACAGGGGGGAAGGGUAAACCAGUAGGGAAUACAGUACAAUCCCAACCCUACUGGGAGGGGCGGGAGGGAGGUGUUGCCGUCACUGUAUUAAGUCGAUGUUGGGAAACGUUUUAACAUCUGGAGCUUUUGUGGGUGGAAAUAUGUCUCCAGUUACAACUCCGCAGUGGAUGUGAAGAAGCAAAAAAAAAAAAAAAAAAAAAAAAAAAAAAAAUCUAUUCAGUCUACUCACAAAACAGUACAUUGUGGAAUAUUAUGGGGAAUUGUACCAAAACAAGAACCAUAUAAAUGAUGCCUAGGGACAAGAAAGAGGAACAAUUCUACAGCGCACAAUAAAGGAAACCUAAGAAUGGGAGUUACAAAUAGUAAAGAAGCUUUUUUUUUUUUUUUAAUUUAAAGUUUUUUUAUAUAAGUUUUCCCACAUGAUGGGGCCUUGUUUUGCAUGUUGGUGAAGAACUACACAAACAAAACUAAUAUAGUUAAAAUCAGCUUGCCUUCCCAUAGUAGAAGCAGGUUCUUGGAAGUUACAAUUUAAGGUACCCCAAAAAAGUUGGAAAUAAAGCAAAACAAACAUAAACAAUGAAGCACCCUGUGAAAUGCCAAAUGAGUCACUCCUUUUACCUUUUUUGGGAUGGGCAGGGAGGGAGGAAUAAAUGGGGUUGGGCAUAUCAAACUAAAGAUGACAUCUUAAUUUUGCAUUGAACAUUAAUGUAGCAGAUAUAAUUUGAUGGUUAUACUUCAUUAGAUUUAAUUUCUAGGCCAAGAUGUUAUUUUUUAAAGUGCAGUUUAAGGUUCAGGCAUGCAUUCUGGCUCAUAGUGGUUGAAAGUAAUUGAAAUUAGUGGGAAAGUAGCAUGCUUGCAUCACAUAGAGUGAGAUUGGUAUUCAUUUACCUAUGUUGCGCCAGUUUGUGUUGCAGUUUACCAAUUCAAUAUAGCCCUGCAUUUAAAGUUCCUUUUUAAGAUUUGUGGAUUUUAUUUUUUAUUAAGAAUAUAGAUAUAUAAAGUACUGUAGUUACAGGUAGGCCUUGAAAUAUCUUUUUUAGGAUCUGUUAGGAUAAGAUUGAUAUUGUAUCGUGUGUAACCUGCACAAUGUGGAAAGCUGAUAUACCUGUGCAAAAUCUUUGCCUCUGUGCUGUCAGUGUGAUGUGCUUUCUGCAUGGUUAUAUACUACUAGUGAUUUUAUCAAAACUCCUAAAAUUUAAAUUACAUGGUAAAAGAUCUGUAAAAGGCUGCAUAAAUGUUAGUUGGCACAUAAAGACAAUUGUAGAAGUUGAAAAAUGAUUGCUAUAUUUCAAUGUUUAUUCCCACUCAACAUACUGCCUUCUAAGCUUCCCUUUUUUGUUCAAAGCAUGAUCUUAAAGAUAUGUUUAAGUUAAUGGAUGUAAUGCAGGGUUCCUACACUGUAUUUUGGCGCAUGUUGGUGGCCCUCUGUGCCCUAGAUAUAUGCACACAGGGUGCAAGUUAAAAGCUACAGAGUGAAAGUUGGUUUGGAUCCUCUUCAUUUCAUUUGUUUAGCUUUUCUGUUAUUUUUCUCUACUUACAUGUAUUCCUGUGAAUAAAUCCUUGUUAAGUUAACCCUUUACUUUUCCUUCCAUGUGUAUUUUCUUAUAUACUGUGAAUGUGAAAACCUAACUGGUACACUUGAUCUUGUGUUCAUAUGAAAGUGCAAGUCUUUAUUAAUUUGGAUUGCCUGAACAGUGUAUCCCAUGAUGAAGGAAAAUGGAGAGAUUUUUCUUUUUAACUCUGCUGGUCAGAGAUGAAGCCACGCCUUUCCAUUUUUCAAUGCUGCAUAUUUAAUCUGCAACAAAAAUGUUAAGCCAUAACAGCCUUUUUAUAUUUUAGUUUGUCACCUUCGCAUUGCAGAAUAAAUACUGAGUAACCA